AGUGUUUAAUUCUAUUACUACAUAAAUGUAUCAUAUCAUAUUAUCAAUAACUCUUAUAUAAAUUUAAAAGCCUGGUACCAAACACGAGUUUUGCAAUCAAAGUACUUAUCAGCACUUGUUGCAUUGUAAAAAAAAUGCAAUUAAAAGUUUAGUUUCCCGCUCGUUUUGGUUUAGAAAUGUUUGUGUUCAAUUAUUGUUAAAUGUGUUUGUGUUUUUGUCUUCCGAUAGUUUUAAAAAGUUUGUACCGUUUUGUUAUAUUUAUUUAUAAUAAAAUUAGUUCAAAUUUAUGUAAACUAAAAUGUGUUAAGUGUGAAAGUUAAUUGUGCGUAAUUGUAUUAGAAAAAAAACAUAACCAAAAUGUCUACAAAUAAACCAAAUUAUGUGGAGCCUCCCGUUGAUCUGCGUGCAGCUGUUGAAGUUCAACAGGAUUUGGCUGCUGCCUGUGCUUUACAUUCGGAAAUUGUUUGGGAUGUUUUAGGACCCGAUCAAUCCGAUAUUUUAAUUAAAAAGCUGGAAUGUAUGUUUCCUGACGACAACAAAGUUUAUACCUCAAAACAGGACAUCCGAAGAAAUAAACAAUAUAAUGCCAGGGUUAAGGAAAUUAGAGUUAAAUUAUUUCGUAACAUUUGGCAACAGAGAAAAUACACUAAUGGAGCUUUGUUGCAUUCCAUAAUUUAUAUAAUAGUAACUCCAGAAUUAGAACUUGAUAAGGCAAAAUAUUCACAUAAUUAUACAAUUCAUCCAAUAUUUCGUACGAGACGUUGCUUAAAUUCUAAUAGCAGUUCGGGCUGCUGUAUGAUAUUUAUCGAUGAACAGUCCCGUAUAUAUCAAAGUUGGAAUGAUUUUGUGAAAAAUAAUGUAUUACCCGUUGGCAUAAUGAUAGCACCGGCAAAUGGUAGCUAUUCAUUGGAUCAAAACGAUAAUGUACAAUUGGAAUACGCAAAAACACCAUCUUAUUCCAGAAAAACUUUAACUAAGAUAGAUAAUUUCGUUGCAGCUGCUUCGGUUGUAGGUCAAGCAGCAACAAUGUUUCAUCCAGUUUUUGCUGUCCUAACAAUAGGCACAAAAACUUAUGAAACUAUAAGAGAUUAUCAAAAAGAUUCGGAUAAAGUUGAACGGAAAACAGCGACCAAUUAUAAUGCCAACUUAAAUUUGACAGGAAAUAUAAUUAGCUUAACAUCGUCAGUGGCUACGUUUGGCGCAUACAUGACCGCAGUCACAGGAAAUCAAUUAUCAUUAUCUGCCAAUAUGUCUAUUCAAGCAAUUAAUGGAGCUGCAACUCUAAUCAACUGUACCAAAUUUGUUAUAACAACAUACGAUUUAUUUACUAGAUACUUCUUGGAUGAAGAAGAAUUGGAUUUUAAUGAUAUUUUGGCAUUUGGUUCUUCAUUAAUUCUAUUUACAAGUUCCAUAAAUAAUAUUGUGAUAACAUCACAAGUUGGAAAAGUUGGUGGUAAUGCAUUGAGGAGUUUAUUACAAACCAAAGUCAAAGCUGGUCUUACUUUACUAUCGGGAGAAGUGAUAAAAUAUGCUGGUCAAAAUGCUGGUAAUUUUGAUCUAAUGCGUUUGGUCAAUGAUAUUCCCUACAAAGAUGUUCUCUGCAAUAUACAUACAAUAUAUACAAAUCUAACGAAAACUGGUUUUUUGGCAACACUUUCUGUUUUAGGUGCCGGUAUAAUGGAGGUAAUACCGGGACUUUUCGUUCAAGUUGCCAAUAAAGAAAUUACUGAAUUAAAUUUCUUAGAAUUAACCAAUCAUUAUGGUUCGAAAUUUGUGCAACAUAUAGCAAAUUCGAAUAAUUUAAUUGAUAUUCUUAAUGGUAUGGGGGUGUAUUUUUCAGCAUCUGUUGUACAAUUUCUUUUAAAUCAAACACGUUCGUUUAUUGAAACAACAGUCGAUGAAAUUGAUGCUCAACAGAAUACUUUUCUAACAACUGAAAUGAUACUAUAUAAAAUGUUUUCAUAUUUAGUUAAAAAUUAUAAAAAUUAUACUUAUGAGUUUUUAGAUACGAAGAGGGAUGACAUUAUAUUGGGUGUAGCGAAAUAUUUUAAAUCGUUAAAUCCAAAACCAAUAGAUGAAAAUCUUAAUAAAUAUAAUUGCGGUAUUUGUGGUGGUUAUUAUUAUGUAGUAGAUCUUUAAAUUUAGGAAAAUAUGUAUUUUUUUUUAAGUUAAGCUAGUUUUAUAAUUAUGUAUUAAAAUUUAUUAAAAUAAGUAUUUUUUAUUAAUUUGCUUUUUGCACGUGCCUAAGGUAAAUUAUUGAUAACUUUAUAGUAAUUUAUUUUUAAGUUUUUUUAUUGUAAGUAUUUUGUAAUGGUGAUAAUGAUGAUGAUAAUAAUAAUAAUAAUUGUGUAAGUCUUGCAAUUGCAAUACAAAUCAAAA